AUAUACACGAGAAACAAUCGUUCCGAACAUAAACUGCAUGUUUGUGUGUGGUAUAUUUUAAGUAUUCCAUUGAUUCUUCGAGGGCCGUGCUUGUAUUUUCGAAGGCUGUACUUAUUAAUAGUGGUUUCUUAGAAAGUGAAUAUUUGCAUGCUGCAGUUAUGUGCUUCCAUUGUGAAAACAUAAUUGUUUUAUGGUGAUAAUAUGUCAAAAUCAAGCAUAAGAAAAAUAACGGUUGACCCUACGAAAUGUAAUACAGACUCUCGUCGACCAAGUGUGUUUGAGAGGUUGGGGACCAAACCAGCAGUUACUGCCGGCCAAAAUUCAUCGGAUUAUUGUAGAAACUGGGCAUUAAACGGCAGUUGUUCGUAUGGAAAGAAUUGCAAAUAUGCAAAUACUCACACAUUAAUAAGUCCAUCCAAGCGUGCCAAGAAGGAUAAUGCUAUUGCUAGUACAACAGGACUUAUUGAGGAUCCAUUUAAAAGGCUUACUUCUAAGAUUGUAAAAAAAGCAUCACACAGUCCUGAUCUGAAUCUAGAAGAGUGGAAUCAAACAGAUCUAGAAUACGAGGACGAAAAAGUGUUAGAAAGACGUAGGCAGCUUUUACAGCGUGAAUUAGAGUUACAAAUGAAGAAGGAUAAAGAAGUUCAUGGAAAAGACAAAGUGAGACAGAAGAAAAAGGCAAUGACCUCUUCCUCUAGUUCUCGUACUUCAAGUACAUCUAGCAGUAGCAGCAGUUCCAGCAGUGAAGAUUCAUCUUCUAGCUCAACGUCCGAUUCACGAAAGAAGGUUAAAAAAAUCAAAUCCAAGCGUCACCAUAGUGGUUCUACAGAUUAUGACGAAGAUAAAGAACGAAGGAGGAAAUUGAAAUUGAAAAGACUUGGAACGAAGAACGACAAACCAGCAAUUAAGAAGAAGCGUAAGCUAGAGAGUAGUUCGGCGAAAAAGGAAGUCAGUGGUAGAUCAACCAAGAAGUAUACAUCGUCUUCAGCGUCAAGAAAACAUUCUUCAACUCCUCGUACGAGAUCACCAGCGAUGCAGGUGCCCGCAACAGUUGCAUCUACACCAGCAACGGUACUAGGCUCUUCAAUAUCUGUUCCCCAUCAUGGAACAUCGAAUAAAGUCAGAGAACGAAAUAGAAGCGAAUCGCCGAAACUAGCCAAAGCUAGAGAUGUCGAAAAAGAGGACAGGCAUUACAAAAAAAUACGAGAUGUAGAUGAGCUACCUAAAGACAGUACUAAGAAUAAAUCAUUUGAUAAAGGCAAAGAUCAGGAGAAAGAGAAGAAUCGUGCUCUAGACGAGAAAAUAAAAGCCGACGAGAGGAUAAAAUUGAAAUGUAAAGAUAAGGAUAUACGUUCCAGAACGCCACCACCAUCUGAACGAUCGAAACAUCAGCACUCAAAAGAAGCAGUUUCAACGAAAACUCGGCGAAGUCGUACACCCGAGAAGACGUCGAGAUCGAAACGGGAGCCUUCACCGUCGAAAACGCAAGAUAGACAGGUUUCUGCGAACAGACCUAGGGAUAUGGAGAAAAAAGAUCGUGAGUCCCAUAAAAGUGAGAAAACUAAAGACAGGGAAGAGAUUAGAAAGACUGAACAGAGUAGUAAAACAAGGCAAGUGUCCAGUCAGGAGGAAAGCCACCGAAGGAUUGGGAAAGAAUUUGAGGAUAAAGCUUAUGUGGGUGAUAAGACACGACAGAAAAGUAGAGAACGACGGGAUAAGGAUCAUACGAGGGACGAGCGUGGUCAUUCGAGACUUGGUCGAGAUCAACGAGACAUUCGCGACAAAGACAAGGAGGACAUACCGGAACGUUGUCGUGAACGACAACGGGAGAGAGAUCGUGAUCGUGACAGAGACCGAGAACGGGAUCGUGAUCGGGAGAGGGAUCGAGAUCGUGACCGUGAUCGUGACCGUGAUCGUGAUAGAGAUCGGGAUCGCGAUAGAGAUCGAGAUCGCGACCGUGAUCGAGAACGGGAUCGAGAAAAAGAACCGUUAAAAGCCAGGGACAGGGAUGUUCCGCCCUUGGUUCCGACAUCGAUUAGUUUGACAACCGACAAGAAUUCACGUUACAGUCGGGACAAAGAACGAAUAGUUGGAAAGGAUAACGCCUUCGAAAAAAAUGGUACUCGUGAACGUAGGAGUGACAGAGAAAGGGAACGAUCCGAAACGAAAGCACUCUCUGAUCGAGAUAGAACGUCAUCCCAACGAAUCGAUGGCAGAUAUGAUAGACCUACCGUCGAUAAGGAUGCACCUGUUCGUAAACCAGGUGUAAACUCGCCCAGAGAUCGUUUCCCACGUGAAAGAUCGCUGGAUAGAACGUCUUUAUUGGAUAAAAGUGUACAUAACGUGCCACCACCGACGCAAGCACCCGCAAUACCUCCUGUUCAAACCUCUAUAGCGUCUUCGUCGUCUUCGUCUGCACCAGCAACGUUGACAGCGACACGAGAUAACUUGAUCGACAGGAUAGAUCCCGGGCAUUAUGACCGGGACCGGCACAGACGAUUUGGUCCAAGGUAUGAUCGAACUCGUGCAUGUGAACGUGACCAAUCGCUCGUUCUACCGGGUAAAGUUAAUCAUUUGGUUGGUAGGCGGGAAACGACUAGUCCACGUCGUACCAUUGAAAUCGAUCGAAACUAUAAUAGAAAUUACGGACGGGUGUCCGAGCAUUGGGACGAGCAAGAGGAAGCGUCCACGCAUUUGGAUUAUCGUGAACAUCAUGUUCACGAGGACGAAAGAAGAAAACCUGUUGACGGAAGAAGGUACGACAGCCCGUUCGACGAAAGACGUGGGAUUCGCGAAGAAAGGUCUCGGGAAUCUAGGUAUGUUGUGCCGGCUGCUGAUAGAACGUCCUUUGAGGAUCACCGGCAUCACCAUCAUCAUCAUAGACAUCCGCUGUACCCUGGUGAAAAAUUAAGAAGUAAUGCACCGAUUCGGGAUGAAAAUGUUCCCAACGAUGACUGGGACAAUCAUCACAGAGACGUAGAGCAUGGCAGAGAACGAGCUUACGGACCUGUUGAUUGGGAGGAAAGGGAAUGGCGAGUAAGGACAUUGUGGGACAGUAGGGAUAGUCUUCCGCGUUCAGAGGUGCACGAUGAAGACUGGAAUUCCCGGUAUGAUAAUUCCAUGUCGGAUUGGAAAUCGAAUGAUGCUCGAAAAUGGGAUAACCAGUCCGUACAUAUUCGUGGUCAUUACAGAAACGAUCGCUCAAAGGAAAUCGAAAUAGGAGAGUCCACAUCUCAUAAUAAACGAAGAACUUACAAUAGUUCAGAGACUACUAGAGAUGAAUGUACACUUCAUAGCUCAAAACAAGCCUCUCUGUAUGGUAGUAUGAAGGAAGAACCUAUCAAUAAAAAAUUGAUGGAACUAGCAGAGGGUAAACUGCCCACAACUCGAGAGAAGUCUACAGAUAGUUUCCCGAAAAAGACUUUGCCAAAAGAGAAAUCUGAAACGAAAGAAAUCGUCGUGGCUGAGCCGAAGCGCCCGUGUAUCGAUGAAUCUCUGCAAACGCUUCAUACUGAAAGUGAUCUUAGUGAUAUCAGCGAUGAUCCAGAUGACAUAUUAAACAUGGAAGACAUUACAGAUGUUGACUCGAAUAAGACACGGUCAAAGAGAGCUCCUGACUCUACGCAACGAGAUGCUCAGUCAACGUCCCAAGAAACUGCUCCGUCGUCUCCAAAAGAGACUAUAGAAGAAACUGUAUUUAAUUCAAAAGGAAAGGAUACUACUGACACAAUGUCAUUUAGAAAUAUGGAAGACGAGAACAUGGAAACUAUGGACUUCGAAGAAAUUUCGGACGGUGAACUCGAAGAGGACAUUAAAACGAGUGGUAAAGGUUUAGGAGAUGCUUUAGGAGUAGAUUGGGAAAGUCUGGUGAAGGAAACGCAGCCACGAAGACUUACGUCGUGUAAUCAAAAUACAGAAAAUCGUUGGCAGUGCAAGGCGAUUCUCCAUAGAAUCGGUGUUUCAGCGAAGUACGCAGGUGAAGAUUUGAUGAAGAAAUUAGCGAAAAAAUAUGGAAAAGAUGAUCAUUCGGAAUUUUUCCUUCACAAUGUUGCGUUCAUGCACACAGCACUUUCACGGAAUCGUCUGUUACAUAACCUGAACAAUGACAUGUUACCUGCGGUGGACGACUUUCUAUAUAGGAAUACCAAUGUACAUACUGAAGAGGAUGUGGAUUACGAUAUAGGAGUUUUAAAACCUUGUACAGCUUUAUACGAGGAGGCAAAAUGUUUGUUACAACAAGCUGUAUGAAAAAAGCGUUUAUUUGUAGGACAUGACUCCAAAAGUUGCACUCUGUUGCUAUAUUAUAUAGUACAGCAUAGGGCGGAAGUGCAUCAGUUUGUUACAUGCUAGAUUUGUUCAGCCAUUUACUAAUUGGUUGUAGCCAAUUUAGCCUUCAGCGGUGCAAUGUAGGAAAAAAUUAAAUUGAUACAUUUUUCUCUUAA